GCAAACGUUCAUCCGAAUAAGCUUAAUUUAAAAGCAAACGCGAAAUCGAUAAGACACGUUUCAGGAGAAGGACUCUGUCUCCGUGUAAGCAAUGCUAAGGGAAAGAGUAAACCCUUCGUAGCGCGAUAGAAGCGUUACCAAAUGUUAAGGACAGAAUUAAAUGUAAACUGUCAGAGGGAAGACGCCUUCGCAUGAUUUUACUAAACGUCCAAGACGAAGAAAUAACAGAAGUCAUAUUCGAACAGAAUACAAGCAUGUGAGAUGAUUACGAUAUCGAGCGUUUUCGAAUAUUCUUUUUAAUAUGGCAAGAGGAGAGUCAACAGAAGUGAUUAAAAGAGAAAAUUGGCAAGAAUAUCAAUCAUCAGUUCAAUCUACUUUCUUGUAUUUAUAUCAUAGUAAAGUGCUUAGUGAUGUUGUUUUUCUUAUUGAAGACGAAGAUAAAACACAGAAGAAAUUUUUUUCGCACAAAUUUUUCUUAUCAGCCAGAAGUGCCAUUUUUGAGUCAUUAUUUUCCUUCAACACAGAUGCAGAAAUUCAUAUUUCCGAUAUCUCAUCACAAGGAUUUGAGACAAUGCUGAGAUUUUUAUACACGGAUGGCAUUAAUUUGACAAGUGUUCAGCAAGCUAUAGAUGCUUUUCGUGCAGCUAAAAAAUAUGGAUUACCAUUUAUGGAGAAACAAUGUCAAGAUUAUGUUAGCAGCAGGAUAACUACCGAAUCUGUCUGUCAAAUUUACGAAUUAAUUUGCAAAACAGAAAUGUCAAAAGCUUUAUAUGAAUGCCUAGUUAUAAUCAGUGAGAAUCCUACAAAAGUAUUUAAAUCAGCUGGCUUUAUACAUUGCCAGUUAUCAACAAUACUUAUGAUCACGAAAAGAUCUAAUAUGGCUUUAACUUCAGAAUAUAAUCUAUUUACUGCCAUUGUCAACUGGAGUAGAGAAGAAUGCAUAAGACAAAACUUGGAUAUAGAAAGCAAUCUUCGGAAUAUAAUUAAACCUUUACUCCCUCAUAUUCGAUUUUUAACCAUGUAUCCAUUUGAAUAUGCAAAAAUAAUAGAUGAUACUAAUCUAUUUGGCAUAAGUGAAGCUUAUGCCAUACUUUUGAAACUUCUUAUACCUAAAGCAACAAUCAGUUUACCAAAAUAUUUAAACUGCAAACUGACUUCUAGAAACUUUUUACAAUAUUUUACUUGUCGACCUUACUUAUCUAGGAACCAAGAACCAUCAGAAACACUCAAAGAAAAUGAUGUUUUCAGUAUAACAUUUCAAAUAUUAAAAUCUGACAUUUUUAUAUUGGGAAUAACAUUAUCUGUACUUCAACAAAAUCAGUAUAUUCAGAAAUCAGAAUUAAGAACAAUUAUUCAAAUUAAGCUUUCAAGUGCAAAGAAAUCUGAACAAUAUUUGGCAGAAAUGAAGUUGAAUAAAUAUAGAGAACCUUUUCUGGCUUUUCCUUAUCCUGUAUUAAUAAAAGAAGGGGAAAUUGUGAACAUUAAAGCUCAAAUACAAAAUGUUGAUAAACUUGCACCCAUGUUACUUUAUCGAUAUCAAGAACUAGUUUGUAAAUUUCAACAGAAUGAUGCCGAAUUUAUAUUUGAUUAUGAUAAUAUACUAGAAACUAGAGAAACUCAUCAGAUCAGUUCUCUGCAUUAUUAUAUUUAAAUAGACAAUUAAAUGCUAAAUCAAUAAUCAGAAACAAAUAAAUAAUUCUUAUAAACAAAUAUUUUUAU